AGACCGAUAAAUCAGCUUAAAACACGCCAGUCAACUUAAUCUUGUUCCUUCUGUUAGUGCUAAGUCAAGAAAAGCAAGAGCCUAAUCAACUACUCCUGACUCUGUCUUAAUCCCAGAUUAUACACAACCUAAGAAUCAUGUUGGCAUUUAUUGUCAAUCCAGCCACUACCAUAUCAAGAUUAAAAUGCAACUAUCCCAGAAACAGGGUGGUGUCAGAGAAUCCUGGAUUCCUUAACAAUAAAGAUUCUGUAAUAACAUCAGAUUUCAAGAUUCCUGUCAGCUCAACAUCAAGAUUCUUUAGAUCACUUCACAGGGCAGGCAGAAAUUGUUUUGGAUUUUCUUCGGUUGGUGCAAAGUCAUGUGCUGCCUCAUUUUCAAGUUUCAAUUUUGAUAUAAAGGACACUGGGGAGAAUGAGAUAAAGUCAGGGUUUGAUCAAAUUAAGGUUUUGAACAUUGGUGGAUCUGAUACUGGUCUUGGUAGCGGUGACGGUUCUGGUGGUGGUCAAGGAAAUGGAGGAGGUAAAUGGACGGGCACCAAUGACGACGGUGGAGGAGUGGGUGGAAGUGCUGACUGGGAAAAGGUCAAGGGGUGCUGUUGGUGGCUACUUGAUACAUGGAAAUACCAUUAUCAAUUGGCUCACCCAGGCUCAUCCUCAGCGAUAUUAUUUACAAGAUUUGUGAUGCCAAUUGUAGAAGAAAUAGUCGGGAAUGGAGCACAAGAUUUGGAGGGGUUACUAAUGCGUCUCUUAAUGGCUAUAUGUUAUCCUAUGUUCGUAACUAUCCCUAUCGCUAUUGCUGGAUUUGGAGCAGCAAUAGAACAAAUGCUGCUGUUGUGUGCUGCAGGAGCGCUUGGAUUUGUACUUUUAGCCCUGUUUUUGUUUGCGAAGUUUUAUUUGCAUAUGAUGUAGUCACAAUGCUUUUGCAAAAAAAAAGAUAGUACUUUCUAGUUAUAUCGUCUCUGAUGAUGAUCAAAUUAAUAUCUGAGGGGUUACCCUUCUGUAACAAGAGAUCGAGACAAGGCUUAUGGUCACAGAGAUGUGAAAAAUGCUUAUAAUCCGUGUAACAAUCACUUUUCAUUCA